GGCGCCAGCACAGUGAAAGCAGACCAGCUGAUGACAGUCAUAGUCCCUCGCGUUUAGUAGGUGUGUGCGCCUCGGUGGGCUCCUCACUUUACACAAUGAGAUUGUUGGCCCUCCUCCUGUUAGUAUGUCAAGCCCUGGGUGAAGUCAAGAAGCUUCGGCCAGUCCCACCAGUAAUUUUAGUGCCUGGGGAUGGCGGCUCUCAGAUGGAAGCCAAGCUAGAUAAGCCCGCUGUUGUUCACUAUGUCUGUACAAAGAAGACUGACUCUUGGUUUGACUUGUGGCUCAACAUGGAGUCACUUAUUCCUGGGAUCAUUGAUUGCUGGAUAGACAAUAUGCGCCUUGUAUAUGACAACACCACCAGGACCACCAGGAACUCACCAGGAGUGAUGACCCGAGUGCCAGGCUUUGGCUCCACAUCUACAGUGGAGUGGCUGGACCCAAGUCAUCACUAUCCCACCAGCUACUUUUAUGAUGUGGUUGAAGCCAUGGUGAAGUCUCCGCUGGGCUAUGUAAGGGACUCCACGAUCAGGGGAGCACCGUAUGACUUCCGGAAAGCUCCAAAUGAACAGAAGAACUAUUUCAAGGCUCUGAAGCACAUGACAGAGUCAAUGUACAACUCUGAGGGGCAGCGUGUGGUGUACCUGCUCCACAGCAUGGGGGGCCCCAUGAUAUGGUACUUCCUGGCUAACCAGCCACAGUCAUGGAAGGACGAAUAUGUGGAGGGUGUCAUCUCCAUGGCUGGGGCUUGGGGAGGUUCCAUCAAGGCCGUCAAAGUGUACACUGCAGGGGACAAUCUGGGGAUCUAUUUGAUAAAUCCACGGUCGAUCCGAGAGGAGCAGAGAUCAGCAACAAGCCUUGCCUUCUUGUUGCCCUCACCUGAUCUUUGGAAGGAAGAUGAAGUGCUGGUCCAAACACCUGAGAAAAACUACACCACUGCAAAUUUCAAGGAUAUGUUUGAGGCACUGAACUUGCCUGAUGCAUAUAACAUAUACCUGGACACCAAGAACCUGCUGAAGGAUGCACCGCCACCAGGAGUGGAUCUUUAUUGUCUUUAUGGACAUGGCAUCAACACUGUGGAAAAACUAGUCUACCAAGAAGGCUCAUUUCCUGAUAAACCAGAUCUUGUGUUUGGGGAAGGAGAUGGAACAGUAAACCUUCGCAGUGCCCAAGUCUGUGAAUCGUUUGCAUCAAAACAAAGGCAGAAGGUGCAUGCUAAAGCAUUCCCAGUGAUGGAGCACAUGGCCAUCUUGAAGGAUGUCGACAGCAUCUCGUAUGUCGUAGAAACGCUCACAAACAUUACCCAGAAGAACGAGGAGGCUGCUGCCAAGGCCACUCAGGUGGAGGCUUUGGAAAAGCAAAGAGAGAAAAAUAUGGUGGAUCAGCAUCUUUUCCACAUCUUAUAUAAGAAAAAGAACUUUAAAAGAAAUGAUAUUAGUUCAGCAUCUUUCUGGAAGGUCUUGAAUAUGAAUGCCAUGCCUAAUGUGUUGUGAUGAAACAUAACUGUGUUAUUAACAAAUGAAAGCUGUCAGAUCCACCACAAGUUACCUCUACCUUAGUAUAUUGUUGAUAGAGUCCCAGAGAUGUUUGAUGACUGUUCUCAUGUGAUACCUUUUCUCCUGUGUGUCAGUGUUUGGUCUUUUUGGUCAAAGAUUGAUCCUCAGAAAAGGAUGUUCUUGCUAGUAUGGAGAGAUAGAAAUUGCACUCAGUUGAAUUUCCACUAAUUGAAUACUUUAGUGAAUGUAUAU